GUCGCGGCCGGCUUCCGGGCGCUGCAAGAUGGCGGCGCUGGCGUUGAGGUGCGUUGGACGGCGAUGCCUCCUGGCCCGGCUGGGCCCCGGCCCCUCCGCACGACACGUUGUCCCCAUGGGCACCACGGCCAAGGAGGAGAUGGCGCGUUUCUGGGAUAAGAACACCAAAUCCAACCGGCCCUUGUCCCCCCACGUCUCGAUUUACAAGUGGUCGCUGCCCAUGGCCAUGUCCAUCACGCACCGGGGCACCGGCGUGGCGCUCAGCAUGGGUGUCUCCCUCUUCGGUCUGGCUGCCCUGCUCCUCCCCGAGCAGUUUCCCCACUACCUGGCCAUGGUGAAGUCGCUCAGCCUGGGCCCGGCUCUCAUCUACUCGGCCAAGUUUGCACUGGUUUUCCCGCUCUCCUACCACACCUGGAACGGGAUCCGGCACCUGGCAUGGGACAUGGGGAAGGGCUUCAAGCUCAGCCAAGUCAACCAGUCCGGCCUGCUGGUGCUUCUCCUGACCGUGCUCUCCUCGGCGGCCCUGGCGGCCAUGUGAAGGCGUCUCCUGGUUGGCAGCCUCCCUUUUUCCGGAAGAUCCUCAGGGUGCGGAGAGGGAGGCGGGAGGCCAGCCUCCGAGUACCUAUAAAUCCUUGGGGAAGGCAGCACUUCCCCUCCUCCCGAUUUUCUGUGGAUGAUCAGAGCUGCUUCUCGCUGCGGGGACGGGCCAGGGUGGCUCCUCAUGCACCAGGUUCCCAAAUAGCCGCAGAGAGCCGGGCACAAGCUGAUGCCCAGUAUGUCCAAGCGCUCGCUGAGAACUGCCCAACUCAGUACAACUCUUUGAGUCCAGCUUUGGUGCAUUUUUCUUGUUUUAUUGCCCUCCCCAUCCCAAAGCUUGAGACAAAGCCCGUUCUGUGUCCCCGCAGGUCCGAGUGGGCCCAGGGAAGGAGAUGCCAGCGCUGCCCGUCGCGCGUGUGUAGGCCUGGGGCAGGACAACCGUGUCCAUUGAGGCACCGUGUCCCAGGGGAGGGAGAGCGGAGGGCACUGCCAGCGCCGGCGCCGUGCGGGGAAUGGGAAAUCGGCGCCGUCCGGGAUUGCGGCUCCGGAGGCCUCACAGCCCCGGGAUUCGCGAGCCCGGCAGCGGCGACCAGGCUCGGACCUGCAGGUGUCCAGCGCCGAUCCCUUAUCCCGAAAAAGGGGGGUGAGCAAAUUCAGGGGCUCUGGAGCCGAUGGAAACAUCCCGCUUCUCCCUGUGUUCCCCCCAAAGCACCUGGGAGCGCUGUGGUUUUCCCGCUGGCGCCGGCUCUCUUCCCGGUGUUGCUUGUAGCUCGUCCCCAUCGCGAUAAACCAGCCCUGAUCCUUCACACACCAUGGCCCCUGGGCUGCUCUUUUGGUGUUAACUGAGGAGAAAGAGGAGGAGAAAGGAGCGUUUGCCUUGAGAUUAAGGGAGUCGCAGCUUCCCGGAGGAGCUGAGUGAUGGAAAAACAAGGUCCUUUGCUGCGGUGCUCUGUAUUUGUUGUUGGCUUUAUAGGGCCAGGUUUAACGCGUGACCUUUGGAGUUUGUGGGCGUGGGGUUGCUGUGGCUCUGAAAUUCUGCCAGCCCAGCAGGGAGGCUUUUUCUUGGGACCGUGUUUGUUUGCAGGGCUACAAAAUGCCCGGCACAAAAUCCAGGACAAGAACAUCCCCAGUGUCCCCAGGCCACUCGGCCCUGCUCCUCGUCACGAGUCCCAUCCUGUUUUUAUGUCCCAGUGAGCGGCUCGGCGCUCUGCUUUGGGAAGGAUCCUCCUUCGGGAACAUCUGCUCUCAUCA